ACAGGCAGCCCUCAAGCACUGCGACAGAGUAUCAAUGAACAGAAAGUUUUAGAUAUUGCUUGUCUUCGGAUUCUCGUGUUUUGUUGUGUUUCUGUAAACCAUGCUUUUGUAUUGAUAGCAGUGUUAACUUGUUAAUGAGGAGUUAUUAUGGCUGCUGUCACGCUUGCAAGCCGGGAAUUGCGGAAUAAAGCAACAGGAAUUGAUAUCUAUGUGCCUCGGCAUGAAACGAUCUCUGGUACUCUGGGCGGGACAGUCCUGUACCACGUCAUUGUAGUCACAAGACUUUUCUAUUUCAAAACACCAGGGAAGCAUAAAGAGUCAGACAUUGUCCAGUUCAUGAUCCCACAGAAGUAUACUGCAUUUGAAGAGUUGUACAACAAACUCUCACAAAAGUUUCCAAGUGUUAUUUUUUCUGCACUUCCCAAGAAAGCUCUAUAUGUCAGCGAGCAAGUGGUCAAUGACCGCCAACAUGUUAUGGAAGAUGUACUUGAACAGAUAGCAAGGACACCGAAACUUGCUUGUAGUACUUAUCUACUGGAGUUUCUCGGGGCACACAAUAAAACAGGAACUUCUCUGGAGAGUGAAGACAGCAGUGAUCUGUUGGAUGUGCAAGGAUUAAAGCAAGAAGACCAAGCAGAUGAUGCCAACGAUGAUGUCGAUUUGUUUGCAGCAGAAAAGAAGCCAUCAGAGACACUCAAAGAACAACUAGAAGAUGAGGAAGAUGAUCUUUUCUCUCUGGCAAAGUCUGCUACUUGUCCAGACCCUGUCGGGCCCACUCCGUCCAAUUCUAUCUUCAGUGUCGAUAACCAAGAUGAUGACGAAGAUAUUGGAGACCUUUUUAUUCCUGCUGGUGCUAUGCAGAAGAAACAGGUUGCUAUAGAAACAGAGGACAACUCUGGGUUAUUAAAUAUUGAAGAUGACUUGGAUAAACUCCUGAAAGCUCCAUCAAAGCCUCCUAAACCACCCAAGCCAGCACAUCGACAAAAACCAGUACCAGCCCCCCGCAAUAAGCCUGAACUUAAACCUAAACCUGUCCCUAAACCUCGCUUUGAGGAGACAACAGGUAAUGAUGACCUGUUCAGGCCAGACAUGAAGGCAAGAGAAGAAGAAAAAGCAAAAGAGGAGAAGGAACUUUUCGUGCCAAGAAAAGAGUCCUUAAGAAAACCAUCCCACGAUGAAGAAAGCCUUGAUGACAUCUUCAAGCCCUCCAGCAAAUCCCUCUUCCCAGAUGAUGAUGAUAACGACCUGUUUAACCCGACCGGAGUUGGAAAGGUUGACCUGACUGAUAUGACCGCAGAUGAUAUCUCCAGUUACAUUCAACAAAAUGCUGAGGCCACAGAGGGAAGUUUGGAUUUGUUCUGAAAUUAAAAUACUCUUGGUAGGAAGCAGUAAGUCAGGGUGGAGAUAGGCUUUGGUUUCUUCUCCCUGGCGACUUGGGUUGUGCUUUGUAUAACCACAGGUAACCCAAGUGUGAUGUUUAGGAUAAGAAAAUGCACCUGACGUCAAACACGAAGGAUUCUAGUUCAAAAAUUAUAUCUCUCUCAGUUGUUGUACUUUUUUUACCCACAACAUUUUGCCCUCAUUAGAUACAAAGAAUACUCCUUCCAAAAGACUGAUUCCUGGCACGAUACAAGAGCUUGAACUAAAGCACUUCUAGGAAUUCACAUGUCUCUCUGUCUCUCUGUCUCUCUCUCUCUCUCUCUCUCUCUCUCUCUCUCUCUCUCUCUCUCUCUCUCUCUCUCUCUCUCUCUCUCUCUCUCUCUCUCUCUAGGUAGUCAUGGCAACAAGAGAUAAGCUAGUUUUAUAAAGAUUACCAUAGAUUGCCAGCUUUUAAGGGAGCUAUAUCAAAUAAUCGCUGAAAAAAUCAAAAUAUUAUAAUUUUUAGAAUGAUACAUUUAAAAUGGAACAUAAAUAAAUGUUUAUUUUGUUUUA